UAAUGACAGUUUGUCUAAUUAUUUAAAAACAAUUUUGUACAACAAUACACAUGGUGAAAUACGUAGGAAUUCUUUGAUAUAUGAAUUGAUGAUUAUUAUUCUCCUUAAUGACUGUCAUUAAGUUCAAUAUUCAAUGAUAAAAGAGAAAAAAAGAUAUUUUAAGACUUGUAAAUAAAAAGUAAUUUUAGUUUUCAAUAACACGGAACUUUAUAGAAUUAUUAAACUACACAAUGGUUUGUGCCACGUUUUCAUUUUUUAUCAACCUGAAUGGCUACAUUUUUUAUCUUUGUUCAUAUUCGACAUGAAGUUGUGACAAUACUUUUAGAUGAGGUGACAUUUAAUUCUGCAAUGCGGAAAAGGUCAAUAAGUUUAUUUUUUUUGUCUAUAUUUAUAUGGGGUAUUAUCACAUAUUUUCUAUUCCUUGAUCGACCCUUAGGAAAACAAGACAAGAAUAUCCUUUCAAAUCAAAUAAAUAAUCUAAAAAAACAAGUCGAUCAAAAGAUAUCUGAAAAUCAAAUUUUGUUAAAACGUUUGAUCGAGCUGCAACAAAAAAAAAUACAAGAGGAAAUAGCAGCAAAAACGACAAAACAAGAGAAAAAUGUAGAUUUAACUAAUAAUGCAAUCGAUAAAAAUGAGUUAACACAAACUAUAAAGACUAAGGAAGAGAUACAAAAUGAAAAACUAAAAGCAUUAGCAGCAAAAAAAACACUAUCGGAUGAUGCUCCAAUAAUUGCAGUUCUUGUUUUCUCUUGUAAUCGAAUAACAGUUCAAAGAUGCUUGAAUCAAUUAAUAAAGUUGCGACCCAGCGCCGAACAAUUUCCUAUUAUUGUAUCUCAAGAUUGUGAACACCAACAAACAGCUGAUAUCAUCAAAUCAUAUGGUGAUGAAGUGGCUUAUAUACAACAACCCGAUCAAUCGGAUAUUGAUAUACCACCCAGAGAGAAAAAAUUUAAAGGGUAUUUCAAAAUUGCUCGGCAUUACGGCUGGGCUUUAAAUCAAAUCUUUUUGGAGUAUGGCUUUGAUACCGCAAUAAUAGUUGAAGAUGACUUGGAUGUGGCACCUGACUUUUUUGAGUAUUUUUUGGGCACAUACCCCCUUUUAGUUAUAGAUAAAACUUUGUGGUGUGUAUCAGCAUGGAAUGAUAAUGGAAAAUCAGGACUAGUUGAUGAACAUGCACCACACUUGUUAUAUCGUACAGACUUUUUCCCGGGUCUUGGAUGGAUGCUUACACGUGACUUGUGGAUGGAGCUUUCUCCUAAAUGGCCCAAAGCAUAUUGGGAUGAUUGGAUUCGACAACCAGAACAACGAAAUAACAGAUCUUGUAUUAGGCCAGAGCUAUCAAGAACAAGAACUUUUGGCAAAGUUGGAGUUAGCAAUGGGCUAUUUUAUGAAAAACAUUUAAAAUUUAUUAAACUCAACGAUAAAUUCGUGCCUUUCACAAAAAUGAACUUAAGCUAUUUGUUAAAAGAUAAUUAUGACAUAAAUUUUGUAAAAGAAGUCUACCAUUCACCAAUUGUAACUUAUAGUGAUCUUAAAUCUGGUAAUAUCUUAACACCUGGACCGGUUAGGAUACCAUAUCACACUCGCCAGUCAUAUAAAAAUACUGCAAAGAUGCUUGGGUUAAUGGAUGAUUUUCGAAGUGGUGUUCCAAGAACUGGUUAUCGAGGAGUUGUAUCAUUUUUUUAUAAUAAUCGACGAGUCCAUUUAGCUCCUAAUACUAAUUGGAAUGGCUACGAUAUUACUUGGAGCUAACACAGAAUUUAGUAUUAUAAUCGUGACCUUUAAAUAAUGAUAAUUAGAACAGUCAAAGUUUCGAAGUGUACAUUUUUUAAUCUUCUUUUUUGCUACAUAAAAUAACGUCAUAGUCUGUAAAGAAUUUAAUCUAAGAUUUCUUCCAAAAGAAAUGUGUACUUUAGAUUUAGAGAAUGUUUGAGGAAGAAAGACUGGUCCUUUCUAUAUUCUAUUAAUUAUAAUUAUUUUAUUUUAUAGAAAGUAGUAGAUAAUAAAUUUAAACAUCAAAAUAAUAA